AUGUUUGUGUCACAGAUGCUAAAUGACGCGCGCUCCCUCACGCCGCCACCAGAUAACGUUGAAGAACUUGUGGCGCAGCCGAUUUCUAAGACGACUCUUGGUAUGCCACUUUAUCGUGGGUCAACAGCCCAGCAGUUCAAAGCGGUACUGGACAAGAUUGAUGUAGAUGAGUGCGAUGCAGACGGUGAGAAUGCUUUCUACGUCGCUGAUCUAGCGACGAUUUAUCGACAAUACGUGCGAUGGCGCCGAGAAUUGCCACGUAUAAUUCCAUUCUAUGCCGUCAAAUGCAAUCCGGAGCCAAUUGUGUUGCACUUGCUCGCAGCUUUAGGCCUCGGGUUUGACUGUGCUUCUAAUGGGGAGAUCCAGACAAUCCUCGAUAUGGGUGUGUCGCCGUCGCGCAUCAUCUACGCAAAUCCGUGCAAGGCUUCGUCAUUUGUACGUCGCGCGGCAGCCCAAAAUAUCUGUCUUACGACAUUUGAUAAUGUCGAUGAACUUUAUAAAAUGAAGCGCUUCCAUCCUGAAAGCAAGCUGGUCGUCCGGAUCUUGACGGAUGAUUCCAAGAGUGUUUGUCAACUGGGCAUCAAGUUUGGCGCGCCACUCGCUGACGUGCCACGUCUGCUUUCGAAGGCGCGUGAACUGGAUCUUGACGUUGUGGGUGUAAGCUUCCAUGUUGGCUCUGGCUGCUUCGAUCCUGAGGCGUACCGCGAUGCCCUGUAUCGUUCGCGCCAAGCCUUUGACAUGGGUCGUGAGUAUGGCUACACAUUUGACUUGCUAGACAUUGGUGGUGGAUUUGAGCACCAUAAUUUCGAAGCUAUUGCGAAAGUCGUACGCUCGGCGCUGGAUGAUUACUUCCCAGAUGAAGCAUUUGCUCCCGGCGGUUCGCGCAUGACAGAGCGACCGAAGGGAUUGCGCGUGAUUGCCGAGCCCGGUCGGUACUUUGUGUACCGAGCCUUUUCGCUUGCGACAAAUAUCAUUGCACGUCGCCAAUCCGAAGAGGAUAACAGUGACGCAGUUCGUCAAGAUGGGCAAGGAGGUGCUGAUGAUGGACGGCCCAAGGCCAUGUACUACCAAAAUGACGGCACGUAUGGCGCAUUCAAUUGCAUCUUGUUUGAUCAUCAACAAGUACAUCCAAAAGUACUCUCAAUGCAGCGCGACUUUGUAUACGAACGUGAAAGUUCUGUUCCAGAGCUAGCACAAGACCAAUGGCGGCCCUGCAGUGUAUGGGGCCCAACUUGUGACAGUAUGGACUGCAUCAUGAGGCAGACGCGCUUGCCUCGUGCACUUGAUGUUGGGGACUGGCUCGUCUAUGAAAAUAUGGGUGCCUAUACUUUGUGCGCGUCCUCGACGUUCAAUGGUCUUGCGCGGGCGCAGGUACGAUACACGAUCGGAUGUGAUGCUAUGGAACAAGAUGGUGCGCCAUUCACGGUGAUUAGUCUGCUGGAGUCGAAUGGCGUUGUGAGCGAACUGGAUGUGGUUAGUUGA